AGCGGCCAGCGCUUAGUCGCACUGCAGUCAGAAAGUGGAACACAUCGCCCAGAGCUCUCAGAAUGCGUGGCUGCGCAUUCACCUACACGAUUCUCCUGCUGCUGGCGCUGCAGGAAGCCCGAGCUGCCACACUCGUCUAUCAUCAGCCCACGGCCGUGAUUUAUCACCAACCGGCCACUGGGGUGCCGCAGCAGCAUCCGGGCUACACCAUUGUCGCACCACUCACAAAGAUCGCACACGUCACCUACGACUCGGUGCCCGUCUCCCACACGCCCUUCGAGCAUGUGCCGCUCUUCCAGCGCAUCGGGCACGUGAAGAACGUGCGGCUCUAGGACUUGGCUUAAGGCAGUUGAAAUAAAUUGAUAUACAAAUAUUUAU